AUGGUGUCUGUCACGAUGGCAACAUCUGAAUGGAUUCAGUUUUUCAAGGACGCCGGGAUCCCCCCAGGCCCCGCUGUUAACUAUGCUGUCAUGUUUGUGGAUAACAGGAUCCAGAAGAACAUGUUGAUGGAUCUAAACAAGGAAAUCAUGAAUGAGCUGGGCAUCACAGUGGUGGGAGACAUCAUCGCCAUCCUCAAACAUGCAAAAAUCGUGUAUAGGCAGGAGAUGUGCAAGGCAGCCACUGAAUCGCUCUGCCCCAGCUCCCCCAGUGUUCAAGCCGAGCUGCGCCGCAACGCCAACAGCGCCGCCAGCCGGAUGAUCGCCAACAGCUUAAGCAGAGACUCGCCUCCCGCCACCCCCAUCCGACAACAGCCCCAUGCUUCCAAAAUCUCUGUUACCGUCUCCAACAAACUGGCUGCUGCAAAGGCAGGUUUAUGCGACGCGGCAGACGAAAAUCCAACGAUCCCAGUAAAACGCCGACGGGUGACGGCAGAAAUGGAAGGGAAGUACAUCAUCAGCAUGCCCAAGGGCACCACGCCAAGGACGAAGAAAAUCCUGGAGCAGCAAGCUGCGAAAGGUCUGCAGAGGACAUCUGUCUUUGAACGGCUGGGAGCUGAGGCAAAAGGGGACACGACCCCAGGAGGGAAGCCCACAGGGGUCUUCAGCAGACUGGGUGAUGCCUUGGGAACCGACGGGGACAAAGCCACCGAGAGCGACGACGAUUGCUCUGUCCUCCAGUAUGCUGGUGUCCUAAAAAAACUUGCCAAACCUCCCCGUAAGGAAAGCACUAAGCCAGGAGGGACCGUCAAGGCAAAAGCCACCAGUUCGGAGGCCAAACCGGUCACUGUCACCGCUGCCAUCCCGCAGCUCAGUCACAGGAACACCCCCGAUACCCGUAUGGCGGCAAAACCGCAAGCGGCCGCGUCCAAAAUCGGUGUCAUCGGUAUCGCUGCGGUGUCAGUUGAAGCCCAGGACGGCAACGUCACCAGCACGAAGGAUAAAAGCGAACCCGAAUUUCGGAUGACAAUCAAAAGGACCUGGGGGUGCGGGAAGGUGAGCAGCACCAGUGAGACCCCCGGCGCUCAGAUGGACAGCACUGGCACUGUUAGCGUCUUUAAACGGCUGGGAAAGAAACCGGAUUGA